GGAAGACAUUUUGUAUGAUGUGAUUCAAAACAACUGAACAACUACGACAAAUCACAUUUUCUCUAAAUAAGCCCUGAAGAUGUUACCUGGAACAAGCCUCCUCCAAACUGCGAUUAUUUUUUGUUCUUUCUCUUCAGUUUUAGCACUGAAUUGUUACCAGUGUAACUCAACAUUAGAUUCCAACUGUCAAGAUCGCUUCGACCAUGAUCAAAGUGUCAAUCCCAUCCGUUCUACCAAGUGUACAGUGUACAAUGCCCGCUACUGCAUAAAGAUAACAGGAGUAUGGGGAGGAAUAGUUGGGACCCAUCGCUUUUGCAGUGCCCGGGACCUAGGGGACCAGUGUCAAGAUUUGUCGUACCCAGACCACGAUCGUUUAUAUCGAGCAUGUGUAUAUAGCUGUACAAGAGAUGACUGUAACUCUGCUAUCCCUACAAAGGGCUCCAUCAUUUCCCUUCUUCUUUUACUUUUCGGACCGCUGUUGAUAAAACAUUUUCUGUAACCAGUGUGACAUCUAACAAGAACCAUGCAACAUCUAGAGCUAGACUACACAAGAUAUUUCUACAAAACAGAUACAGAAACAGCAAUGCUAGUGGAAACACAGUGAUGAAGCAUUAACAGUUGAAUAUUCUGCUGGCUAUAUUAAUCAAGAGAUAUACCAAAGAGUAUGUUGUACUCAUGGGAUAAAAACAUUGUUCACUUGACCUAGAAAUAUCAUGUUUCGGGGGGGGGGGGGGGGGAUGUUACAAUCUGUGAAGUGUUGAAAGUAAUCUUUAUUUAGUUGUCUGGAAUUUUCUCCUUGAGAAUUUUUCCUUUUCCUCUCAGUCGCACAUUUAUAGUCUAAAAAUCUAUCUUGAAAUAUAUAUAUAUCUCUAUGCAAUUCAGUCAUAGUCAUUUUAUUACUGAUUACUUGUAUGGAAAAGUUGAAAAUUUUAUGUUUAAUUCUUUAAAUAUCAUGUCAUCACAUUUUUGUACAAAUCAUUCUAACACAUAAGGUAUCAUGUAUCAAGUAUAUGUUAAUGUAGAUGGAGUAUUGAAUUUUUAUUCUUGCAUAAAUUGAAUGGAUGAAGUUUGUGUGACAAUGGACUGUGCCAUUAUUGAUAUAUUAAAUGAGAGAAUUGAUGAGCAUUUUUGUAUCUUUUUGUAUAUACUCGUAUAUUUUUAUGAAUUUUACACAAAUAUAAUUAAAGAUACAU